AUGGUGCGCGGAUCCGAGACUGCGUCCAGAGCUCAGCCUUCCCCAGGAGCCCAGAGCGGAGCCCCGCUGACCGAGCGGCCCCUGGGCUCCCGGGAGGGCCGUGGAGGAGAAGCCGGGAGGAGGCCUCGUGGGGCAGCAGGGACGGAUCCCGCCGGCUCCAGGACCAGCUUGUCAGAGCCCACGUCUCGCCCUGGCGUUGGGGACGGGACGGGACGGGACCGCAGGCUCGGGGCGAGCUUCUUGGGCUUCUCGGGAAGUCUGAAUCUCGUCCCUGGAACCCACAUGCAUGGUGGACCCGUUCUGUGUGGUCGCCGCUGUCCCUGCUCAUUCGUGACGAGGCGUCUCUGGAUAGAAAAAGCGGAAAUUCCGUCUCCCCUUCCUUACCGCGCUGCCAGGAAGGACGGCAUCGACCGAAACUCAAACACUAACCGAGAUGCUGUGAAGGCUGUGUGCGGGCCUGGGAGGAGGCUGGCCCGACCGAGAGACACGAAUGGCGGCCCCGUCCCGCCCCCACUCCCAGGGAACAAAAACCAGACUGGUUGCACGUCCCCGUUUCAGAAGGAUUGGGGGGGUUCUGGUGUACGAGGACCGCCGUUGGCCCUUGUGCAUCCAGUCGGUGCUUUUCUUCCUCGCGUCCCUUCCACGCGAGGGGCAGCUCCAGAAAACGUCCCUCCGGCUCGGGAGGCCAAGGAGCGCCGCGGAAUCAUGGCCCGGCGCCGCCAUCACACCGACGCGCAAGCGUGCGUCGCUUCCUGUUCCUACGGGAUUGCCCGAGAUAAACUUCUGAGAAGCGCCUAUUGCGGCAAACACGGGUCACAGCAGUACAGAACUCGAGGCCCCCCAGGGAAGCCCGAAGCAGAGCGCCCCAGCCUCAGGACGGCCUUUUCUAUAGGACCAUGGAAGCCAAAAGAGGAGACCCCUGAUAAUCAGCCAGCACAUACCGAGCAAGCCUUUGAGAAGCGCCCUGUGAAGCGCCUCAUCCUCAGAGACCUGCAUCCUAAAAAAGGAGAGAAAUCACCAGACAAGAAGAUCAUGAUGGAGCUGCCAACAGUCACUAGUCAGGAGAAUGGUCUCUCUCAGAUUCUGAAACUGGUACUGAAAGAACUAAGUCUGUUCUAUAGCAGGGAUGUCAAUGGAGUCAGUCUUUUAUACGAUCUUCUCCAUUCCCCUUGGCUGCAGGCUCUUCUAAAGGUUUAUGAAUGUCUCCAAGAAUAUAUCACAAAGAAGCCAGUCCCUGUCCUGGCCCAGGCACAAGCAUUAUCCUGCGAGGUGGUGGAAUUAUUGCAGGAUGUUCCUCAGUCCCCGGAGGUCCAAGAACUGAGACACGUUCUAAAAGCCAAACACUUCCAGGCCUUACUCAACGCCCAUGAUACUGUGGCUCAGAAAGAUUUUGAGCCAGUUCUUCCCCCACUGCCCGAUGACAUCCCUGAGAAUGAGGAAGCUUUGAGGAUUGUCUGCUUGGUGAAAAAUAAGCAGCCCCUGGGUGCCACCAUCAAGCGCCAUGAAAUAACAGGGGAUAUCAUGGUAGCCAGAAUAAUCCAUGGUGGACUGGCUGACAGGAGUGGGCUGCUCUAUGCUGGAGACAAAUUAGUGGAAGUGAAUGGCAUUUCAGUAGAUGGACUUGAACCAGAACAAGUUAUCCAUAUCCUGGCUAUGUCUCAUGGCACGAUCAUGUUUAAGGUGAUCCCAGUUUCUGAUCGCCCCACCAGUAACCAGACAAUGGUCUAUGUUCGAACUAUGGCCAAGUACUGCCCCUGGGAGGAUCCCAUCAUCCCUUGUGCAGAUGCUGGGUUGCCAUUCCAGAAGGGGGAGAUCCUCCAGAUUGUGGAUCAGAAUGACUCUCUCUGGUGGCAGGCCAGGAAGGUCUCUGACUUUGGUACCUGUGCUGGUCUUAUCCCUUCCAAUCACCUUCUGAAGAGGAAACAGCGGGAAUUCUGGUGGUCUCAGCCUUUCCAGCCUCAGACCUGCCUCAAAUCAACCAUAUUGAAUACAAUGGCAGAAGAGGAAGACAUCAAGAUUGAUGAGAAGUGUGUGGAAGAAGAUGAAGAAACAUUUCAAUCUGAGGAGCUCUCAGAAGAUGAAGAGGAAUUUGCUGGAUAUGACCAUCAAUUCUUUAUUGCUGGUUUCCGAAGAAGCAUGCGCCUCUGUCGGAGGAAAUCUCACACCAGCCAGCAACCUGCCAGCUGCUGCACCACCAGCUGCUACAAUGCCCUGGGAGCCCCAUAUGAAGAGGUGGUGAGGUACCAGCGAUGUCCUUCAGAUAAGCAUCGCCUGAUUGUGCUUGUAGGCCCUUCUGGUGUUGGAGUAAAUGAAUUGAGAAGGCGACUGAUUGAAAUGAAUCCAAAUCACUUUCAAAGUGCAGUGCCACAUACCACUCGUUCUAAAAAGAGCUAUGAAGAGAAUGGUCGAGAGUAUCACUAUGUCUCCAAGGAAACAUUUGAAAGUCUGGUAUAUGGUCACAGGAUGUUGGAGUAUGGUGAAUAUAAAGGAAACCUAUAUGGUACCAGUGUGGAUGCUGUUCGAAAGGUCCUCAAUGAAGGAAAAGUCUGUGUAAUGGACUUAGAACCACAGAAUAUUCAGGUGGCCCGAACACAUGAACUGAAGCCUUAUGUGAUAUUCAUAAAACCGUCCACCCUGAAUCGUAUGAAACAGUCCCGGAAAAAUGCCAGGAUUAUUACAGACUAUUAUGUCAACAUUCAAUUCAAGGUGAGAUUCAGGGAACUGGAGAGUUGUAUGCCUCCUAUUAUUUCUACUUAA